AUGGCUCAGGAGGCUCAGACCCAGGCCCAGGCCCAGGAUCAGGUGCAGCCCCCGUACGGCACCGGCAACGGCACCGGCGGCGGAGACAAUGCCCAAGCCCAGUCCUCGUCCACCGCGCCAGCUGCCGGCUCCUCCUCCGGCCAAGGAGCCGGCCCCGAUGCGGCAGCUUCAGCCUCACAAUCGCAGGCCGCCCAGCAUAAGCGGGUCUACCAGGCAUGCAUCCCGUGCCGCCGCCGUAAGGUCCGCUGCGAUCUUGGCAGCGUUGACAAUCCCCACGACCCGCCGUGUGUUCGCUGCCGCCGCGAGUCCAAGGACUGCUACUUCAGUGCCACCCGCCGCAAGAGGAAGACUGAUGAUGAGGAUGAGAGGGAGGACGAGUACAUCGUCCGAAACGGCCGGAAGAGACUGCAGCACGGGGACACACCGCCAGUGGAGCGCAGAGCUUUUACCGACACUCCUCUGACCCCCGGCGGCUCCCUAGGCCGUCCACAGCCGCUGCGAAGGCCUGGUCCCGGUGAACACACUCGAUCCGACACGAGGAGCAGCAUCAGUGCAUCCCGAGGUCCAAGUGCUGCUGAGUUCCCAGCUGACGAGCCGAACACGCCUCUUGAAAACUACGAGGCUCGGACUGUCAUGAGGAAGGAGCUCUACGGUCCCCAUGAUGCACUUGACCUGUUGUACAAGGCUGCCACUGACAACAAGCACGACGACGUGGUGCAGACGCACACUUUGAGCCCGCAGACGUCUGACCUGCGGACUCCCUCACUGGCCGCUCCCCUGGGCGGUCUGCCACGGGGCAAUGAGGGCUUACUAUACGCGCAGCAUGCCGUCACACAACGCGGCCCCAUGGACGCCCCCAUCGACCCUCAGCUCACCAAGUCUGACGCCAAAGCAGAGCCAACUCCGGCUCACGCUGAUGCUCUCAAGGCGUGGGCCAGAUUCCGUUUCGUGAGGGCUGGAUGGUUCACUUCCCAGGAAGCCAUCGACUAUAUUGACUACUAUUACAAGUUUCUCUCACCAUUGACUCCUAUCUCGCCACCGACCUUCCAGGACCCCGCCACGCAUUUGACGCUAUUGACUGAGGAGCCCAUUCUUACGGUGACACUCCUAUGCAUAGCUUCCAGAUACCGCAAGUUGCCAGGCACGGGAGGCAUAAGUCGGGCGAAUGCUAUCCAUGAGCAGUUAUGGACUUAUUUACGAGGUAUGAUCGAGCGGGUGAUAUGGGGCCAAGAGGCUUUCGGCGGCGGGUUCUGCGGCUCAGGUGCCGAUGAGUCUCAGACAUCAAGUACAGCCCCUUGGCGUGGUCUCAGAAAGGGCAGUCUACGUACAUUCGGUACCAUAGAGUCUUUGAUGAUCUUGACGGAAUGGCACCCCAGAGCGCUGCACUUCCCUCCGUCGGAGGCUGUCGACGAGUUGAUGAUCCCUGCAUACGACUCUGGGCCACCUGCUGAUGGGCAAGACGGCAACAACAACCCUGCUGUUGGCGUUGGCGGCAGGCGGGUCGAAAGUUGGCUUGAGCCAGCUUGGAGAAGCGAUCGUAUGUGUUGGAUGCUGCUGACAGCAGCAAUGGGCCUCGGCUAUGAAUUAGGUGUGUUUGACAACAUCGAGGAGCUUCUGGAGACCGGAGCCAUCUCGCGCCCGGAGUAUGAAGAAGAGUCCUACAGGCUGCGAGCCCAUCGCAUCAAACGGCUCAUUCUCAUCUACCUGAGUCAGCUGGCAGGACGGCUUGGAUGGACCAACAUGGUCCCUGAGAGCUUGCGACGGCAGGCUUCUCUGAACCGUCCGUCAUCAGUCGAAGGUACUACGCCUGGGACCAAUAUCUCAACUGUCUCGUUCAAUUACAUUCCUGACCUGGAACUAGACGACCAAAUUAUCCAAUGCUGGGCCGGCAUCAGCAAUGCCAUGCACUCAGGCAACGAGCGACUCUUUAGAUCGAGACAGCAUACCACGGAAAUCAUCCAGAGUGGUAAAUACAUCGAGCUACUAAAGGAAUUCCAGCCAAUGCUGCAGGCCUGGUGGACACAGUUUGAGCGCUUCCGCCUGCCUCCGUACAGCCGCCACAUCCUUACUAUCGAGUACGAAUAUGUCCGAAUAUAUGUCAACUCUCUAUCGCUACAGGCUGUGGUCGAGCGUUGUGCCACUAUUGCUUCGGGAGCAUCGGGCACGUCCACUGCCGCCCCUGAUGCUGCAGGAGCUCCAGCGUCAGGCCAUCAGCUGAGCCCCAAGACGCAGGACAUCUACGGCAAAAUGCCGAUCGGAAAUAUCGGCGGUGUCAGUGCGGCAGAUCAGGAGUAUAUCCGAGAAGUGGUCGAGGGAAGUCGGAAUCUAUUACGGACAGUCGUAGAGGGCUUGCUUCCUGACGACUACCUGAAGCAUGCACCCGUGCGGACAUACUUCAGGAUCAUCAGUGGGGCAAUGUUCCUUCUGAAGACUUUCGCACUCGGUGCGACACGGCAUGAUGUGGAAGUGUCUAUUGGCCUGAUGGACAGCACGGUCAAGGCGCUGCGCACUUGUGUUGUGGACGAUGUGCAUCUUGGCAUCCGCUUUGCUGAUCUUUUGGAAAAUCUCACGAUGAGACUCAGGAAUCGAUUCAUAUACGUUGCGCACCAGCCGGGUAACUCACAGGCAGCCUCGGCGGAGGGCGUGAAGAGUCCCAUGCCGGAGGCCGGAAUGACUGGUGGCCAAGUCUUGCACCCGGGAUUAGGUAUCAAUGGACACGAUCACAUUGGAUGGCCCAGGGUAAAUGCACCAGAACGUGCAGUGACACCAGCCAACAUCUCCGCCAUGCCAUUUGACAUCCCCAGCGACUUCCACAUCCCAAGCGUCUUCGGUGGGCCCACAACGCCAGCAUCAACCGCUAUACCGGUGAACGGCAAUAACAACAACUCGAGCACAUUGUCGGCCAACAAUAACAACAACAUACCUGACAUGUUCGGCUCGGACGGCGCAGACUGGGCCGGGAACAGUGACAUGUGGUUCCUGCCCGCCGGGCCCGCAUUCUUCCAGAACGUGGGCGGCCCCGGUGAGAACAACGUUGCCAUGUCCGCAGAGGGAGUCAAUGUCGGAGGGAUAGACUUGCUGGAUUACAUGGCCAUGGAUGACUACCCCAUGGGCGCUGGCGGGCCUCUAUGA